AUCGCGGACAUUGCUCCGGAAACAGGCGCAGUUAUUUAAACCCUCACCACCAUGUGCUAGAACACGAGAUGCCACGAGAUUCCACGAUAUGCCACGAGAUGCUGAAACUAAGAGGAUAUCUAUGAACAACAGAUAACCCACAGCUGAAAUAAUGUUGUGACGUCAUGGAUGUAAUUUCAACUCCGCAUCCGUUUAGCACACACAGUCCUUGUAGAAGAGCCUGAAGAGGUGACCUAUUUCUGAAAUGAAUUCCACAUGGAAUGAGUGAGUGAAUAUCUGUACGCGAGAUGCAUCACAACUCCUUACAGCGUUAGGGGGCAGCGGUUGGACAGUUGCUGUAGUAAAUCCCCAGCCCUGAAGCGUUGAGAGGCACCCCCGGGAUUAGCAGAACAGCAGGGGAUGACAGAGAUCAGGUGUCAGCAGACAGGAAGCUUCAUGCAUUAUGGGUAGACGGGCGUCAACCCGGAUGUUCCGUGACUUCCUGUGCAGCCUCGCUAUCGGCUUCCUGACCGGAUUCAUCACGAGCCACACCGUCUUCGUUGUGUUAUGGCGCCGACAGGAGGCGGCGUGCAGGUUACCUGGGGGGUGGGGAAGGCCCCGCCCUCCACCCACAGACCCCAAGCCGCAGUGUGACACAGACAUUCCUACAGAGAGACUUGUGUUUAUCGGUGUAAUGACUGCCCGGAAGUAUCUGAAAACGCGUGCCGACGCCAUUUAUAAAACAUGGGGUAAACACGCUCCAGGUCGGCUCGUAUUUUUCGUGGGGACGGGAGAGAAUUAUGAAACGUCGUUGCCGGUGAUAGUGUUGAGCGACGUUGCCGACGACGACUACCCGCCGCAGAGGAAGUCGUUCGAGAUGCUCCGGUACAUGUCCAGCCAACACGGUCACGACUUCCACUGGUUCAUGAGACUUGACGAUGACGUGUUUGUCAACACGGAACACCUGCGGACGUUCCUUAAUUCCAUUAACAGCUCCAAACAUGCGUACAUAGGUCAUCCGGGCGUUGGAAAAGUUGAUGAGAAGGGACAUCUGGGUCUCCAUGACGACAAGCCUUACUGUAUGGGGGGCCCGGGGGUAAUACUUAGCGGUCCCACCCUGAGACAUGUUGCACCUCAUCUACUUGGGUGUCUGAACGACACAGUGACGUCACACGAAGACUCAGAACUUGGGAGGUGUGUGGAGAAAGUAACGGGUCUAUCAUGUACAAUCGCGAGAGAGUUCGAUGGCAUGUUUUCUCAAAGUUACAACGAAGAAACCGGAGCGUGGACAGUAGGCUUAAAAGCAGAGAAGCAAAACGCUAUUUCCUUCCACCCUAUAAAACAGCCAAUGUACCAAUUCUCCCUUGGCAUCAUGCUUUCGGCAAAGACUUUACGGGAGAAAAUGAAACACAUGGCCGUCCUAGCUAGAGAAAAAUAUUUUAUAAAAACUUCCGGGUUCGUUUCUUUUGAUGACCCGGAUGUUAAAAACUGUUGGGCUAGUCCAUGUGACGUCGACAGUGGGGAGGUCUGGUCAUGUGUGAACGCAUACGACGUUUUUUCAAUGGAAUCACCCAAUCUCAGAACGUCCAUAUUGCACAAAGGAAGAGCGUUUGGUUUAGCGGAAGCUCGACACGCGUUGGGACAAUUUUUGAAAAGGGAAAGAAUUCGGAAACGACUUCGUCUUUCACCUAUCUCGUAUCAGCGAGUGUCUCCAGAAAGAGGCUUUGAACACGUGCUCGUCACUCGGUAUGCCAAGGCCAAAUGUUUGCUAUUUCGGAGCCGACAAAAAUUUGACCCUAUUCAUUUUCGUGAAAUACCCCCAAGGGGGAGUAAGCUGGCCUAAUUUAAUUGGAAAUAAAUGAUCUCAUGUUG